UGAAUUGUAGGUGAUGAUGGCGGAAGGAGAGCAGCGUUGAGUUGUCUCUGAGUUUUUAUUCUAACUGUAGAAACCUCUACUACAUCGUUUCUCUCCCCCUAAUCAUCUCCCAAGACGAUGGGGAAUGAAGGCAGCAUCGAGGGAGAGGGCCAGCCGGGCCAGCCCGGCUCCACUGUUCCUUCUGCGAGUGCUCCGACUUCCAUUUCAGCACCAGCGGGCUCUGGACAGCUCAUCAAGCCCAGCAAUGGUGCGCCAACAGGAGGUACAGGGACCGGACUCGGCCCGGGGAUUAACAGCGUCUCUGGAAGACCCCCCCAGCCAGACCCUGGGUCCAGCCCCAAGGCGGGGGUCCAGACUGGGCCUGGUACAGGGGACCGCCUGGCAUCCAAGGGGGAGCAGCAGGGCCAGGGCCACGCCGCCCGUAAGAAUCUCCAGGUGGACGUGGGUAGUAGCAGGAUGGGACGUUCCCCGUCGGUGUCCCCCGCCAUCACCCCCACCUCCCCCUACUCUGUGCCCCAGAUCGCCCCCAUGCCCAGCAGCAAGCUGUGCCCCGUCUGUAAGACAGCUGACCUGACGGGCACCACGGAGGACAACCAGCCAAACUGCAGCACCUGCACCCAGUGCCGAUCCACGGUGUGCAACCAGUGUGGCUUCAACCCCAACCCGCACCUCACCGAGGUCCAGGAGUGGCUCUGUCUGAACUGCCAGAUGCAGAGAGCUUUGGGAAUGGACAUGGAGACACCUCGCUCCAAGAGCCAGCAGCAGAUCCACUCUCCGUCCCACCAAGCCAAACUAGAGCCCAUCUCUGAACCUCAAACUCAGCCCCCACCCCAGUCCCAAGCCCAACCUCAGCCCCAGUCCCAAGCCCAAGCCCAACCUCAGCCCCAGUCCCAAGCCCCACCUCAGGCACAGCCUCUAACCCAGCACCAGGCUCUGACACAAGCCCAGCCCCCAUCAGGCCCUAACAGACAGACUGGUCCAGGCCCAGGCCAGACCCCUCAGCAGCAGAGAGGUCCAGGGGGUCCAGUUCCAGCCCAGGGCCAAGGUCAGGGUGGGGCUCGUCUCCCCCCAGGAGCCAUCCCUCUCCCAGGCAUGGCCAAAGCCCCGUCCCAGCCUGACCUCCGUGGCCUUCCCGCCCACCAGCCCCUGCCCCUCCGCCAGGACCACACCCGCAGCGCAGGGAGCUCCCCAUCCCGCCAGCCCCCGCCCCCGGCCGCCGCCCCCGAGCAGACCUUUGGGAAGCUGUUUGGAGGCUUAGGUGAGAUCAAGUUCAUAGGGCUUCACUUCUGA